GAGAAAGUGGAAAACCUAGCUUAAUGGCUACAAAGACAUCAAAUUUCGUUUCUCUUCGCGUAUCUUUGUUUAUUCUUCUCUUAUUUAUCUCAUCUCAAGUUGCUAUCGCUGACGCCAAACAUCUCCAACAAUUAAGAAGGAAGUUGCAGAUAGUACGACGAUCAAGAAGUCAAAGAGGUCGUCAAUACAAUCCACCGACGCUGCGUGUGCCGCCGCCACCACCACCGCCCCUGCCCCAGAUGCCGAGUGCAGCCACACCUCCCCCAAUGCCGCAGUUGUCACCACUGCAGCCGAAAAUGCAUGUAUCAUCACUGCAGCCACAAAUGCUCUAUCCACCUCCUUCGUUGCCGUAUGCUUCAUCGCCGACGUCUACAUAACGAAGGAGAAAGAUGACGCUGGUGGUAGUCGCAUAACGAAGAAGGAAGCUGAUGCUAGUAUGAGAUAGCUUCAGUCCUUCAUUUAUCAAGGAAAGAAUAAAUCUUUUUACAAUAUAUGUUUUUUUUUUUAACGUAUGUUGAUAUGAAUCUUGCACUAUUAAUAACCAUAUCUUAGUCAAUGUGAUAUUUAAUUUGUAAUAAUUGCUAAGAUAUAUCAUAAUCCCAAUAUCUUUUUAUUUUUUUGUUCCAUGGAUGAUGGGAGUAAUGACUAUCUAGUAUACAAGGUGUUAUGUUGUUAUUGUGAUUUCUUUGUUAGCUAGAUUUCUACUGCUUUUUUGUUUUUCUUUUGUCAAAAGAUUUCUACUGCCUUUAUUAAAGAAGUUGAAUUAUAUAUAGAGGACAUCGACCAAAAUAUAUAUUCAUUUAAGUUUUAUAUUAUCUUG